CGCGCGGCAGACGGUCUUCGCGCGCCGGACUAUCUAGUCGAUUUCUGUGCUGCGUUUCCCUCGUGUAUUCCGCCUGCUUUUCAAAUCGGUUUUAUUGCUGGCAUCUACGGCUUAGUUGUUACUGAAAAGAAAAGAAACAACCGAGAUUAUCUGAGCAACGCAAGUGACUUGACAUCAGGUUUGUGUUAUUGAAAAGUGUGAUUUAUUUGUGUGAUAUUGUGCACCGAUGACGAUGACAUCCCCGAGAAAACAACCUUCCACGAUGAUCAUCUGGGCCUGCGUUGCGUUUCUCUUCACUUCUGUUCAAGCGUACAAGCAAAAUCUCGUCGUCGAUAUCGAGCCGGCGGGACAAACGGCGGUACGUGUCGGACAAAACUUGACUGUACUGUGCAGGGUAGGAGUUCCUCUGCAAGUCUGUCGCGUUGAGGUACCAGGCGAGAGCAGCAUAAUUCUUGCUCCUGGUCAACCAGCUGAAGACGGAAUCGAAUACUAUGGCGAGUCUCUUCAGGCAGGACAAUGCGGGGUACGGAUUGCCCACAUCAAAGAAGCGCACCACGGUGACUUCAAAUGCUCCCUAACACCGAUGGGCGAUAGGACGGAAAGUUCUAGAACCAUGAAAAUCGUCGUCGCCAAGCCUCCGUUAAACCCGGAACUUAUCGUCAGUCCGGGUCGUCGUGGUCAUCGAAUUUAUCAAAAAGGGGAACAAUUAGAAAUCAGCUGCCGUGCGGUAGCGGGUCGACCUGCUGCAAACGUAUCUCUGUAUCUUGAUGACGAACCAAUCGGUAACGAAGAGAAACCGACCGUCUACGACUCGAAUGUGGAUGACAACUCAUUGGCUGUGCAGAAUGUUUCCCGUGUUCUCGACUGGUUCGAUAAUGGAAAAACCUUACGUUGCCUAGCUAGUCAUAUUGCCCUGGAUCGACCUCUUCGAACAACGAUGCAACUAGAGGUUCAAUUCGCACCACAGCCGCAGUCUACUAUUGAGCGGUUUGGAUACGUCAUUGGUCAACCGGGGAUCGUGAACGUGACGGUGCAAGCAAAUCCUCGUCCCCAUUUUCUCUGGAGCAUAAACGACGAGAAAAUCAACGAGGGACAACCUGACGAGAGCAAUCGCAUCGAGACAUCUACCGCAGUGGAAUUAGGUAGAGGAUCGUGGGCAGUCACCCUGAGAAUCGAUAGCGUGCAAAAAUCCGAUACGGAAAAGCAGUACAUUUUGGAAGCCCGCAACGAGCUUGGAGUACACGAAUAUCGAAUCGUUUUGUCAACGUCCACGGAACCUGCCGGGGUUGACCUUGAUGCUGGGUCUAUCAUCGGCAUCGUCGUUGGAGUUUUGAUUCUUCUCCUUAUCGUCUUCCUUAUCGUCUUCGCGCGUGCUACGGGUCGCUGGUGUUUCGCAGCGAGGAGGCGGCGUGACGAGGAAGCAGCUGGCGGUGCCGGCGCUGGGAGCGAGGCACACAUCACCCCUGGCGACGACGACCACGAAGAUCCCCACAUCAUAGACGAGAAAAUCCCGCACGGCGGACAGGAGAACCCUAUUCAUGCUAGCACGGAAUACGUCAACGGAAAUACCGACAUCAAGGACAUAAAGAAUGAAGAAAAAACUGACACGCCGGUCUAAGACGACCUUUUAUUCGUCCCUGAUCUUGGGGUUGGCCCAGAGCAAGGGUGUCGAAUGCCUGUGAUUUGCCAUUCUUAUGAUUGUUUUAUUUUCUCACAGAAUCUCGUAUCAUUAAUUUGAUUAACAUGUUUUUUUUUUGCUUAGUCUCUGAUAUCAUCUAGUUUUUUUUGUUUUAUUUUUUCAAUCUCCUUCCGUCGACAAAGAUGUAACAAGAAAGAGAAAAAAAAACCUUUCAAUCAAACAAAAGAUACUGCCAGCCAAACCACACGUGAAACCAGGUCAACCGUAGAAUUUCACUUCGAAUCCCAAAUUAUUUGAAAAAAAAUUUUUUUUUUCCUUCUUCAACGCUAGAAGACGAUAUACCUUUUAGAGGACUCCGUGAUUCCGGGUGAAUGGGGUGCAAGGUUUGGAAGAACUGGUGCGCGAUCACGAUCUAUAGCUCUUCGGCACUCUUACUCGCGGAUCAUCAUUUUAUGCCGUGUUAAGGCUGAUUUUCAGAAAAGAGAUUAAAUAUAUAUUAUUAUCAUGUAAUCACACGGUAAAAUUCAAAGAAAACUGAGUAUUGGGUUUACAUUCGAUUUCACUGUAUGAAAUGAAUGUGAAGCAUAAGGAAAUCGAAUGAAUCUCUAUAUGAAUCUCAAUUUAGGGUAGGGCGAUGCGAAAUUCAUGAAAAGAAUUUCGAAACAUUUUGCGCUAAGAGAAGAUCGCAUGAAAAGAAAAAAAAAGGGAAGAAAAAGAAAUCAUUUCGAUAUUAUAGCUCGAUGCUCUUCGUACACUAUCAGAAACGCGUAAUUAUAACAUACAAAAGUUCAUUCUUUCAUUCAAAUACAUGACAAAGUGUGUAGAUAGAUUUAACGAAAAAAAAAAAAUGAAUAACUGAAGAAUGGGAUAAGAAAAGAAGAAAUAAUAUUACAUCACAUUAACGUAUGCACGUCGGGCGGUAAACAUUCUAAGACCACGUGUUUCACUUUUAUUUUUAAAAAAGAGAAAAUUUCUACUAACUAAUGAUAAUUAUUAUAGAGUUACAUCGAUAUUUAUAAUCUCGAAGAAAACGAAUUAACUAGAGAUUAAACUUUGAUUAUGAUAUUAACGAUUAGGGAAAGGUGAGGAAAGGAAACUAUAGAAAAGGGAUCGUGAAAUCAGCUAAUGAGAAUAAAUAAUAUUACAAUUGUACUCUUAAGGAUCCUGUCACGCCCUAUCCUAGUAUUAUGCGUGCCUAUGUACGCCUACGUGAUACUAUCAAAAAGAGUUAUGAAACACACGAAAUUCAUAAUUAUUCAGUUAUGUAUAUUACUCACUAAUCAACAUUAACUUUUAAUCCACUACCACAGCAUUUUUUGACGUCAAUUUUAAUAAACACGUUUCAACAUCGUCGCGAAUAACAUAUACCUACACACUAUAAGUUCACUUCUUCAAUGAUAUUUUUGAACGGACUAAUUGUAAUACACAUGCUAAACAGUUUGAAAAACCAUUCAAGUAGGUUUCCAGGAUACUAAUAUUCUGAAUUGUUAUGUUCCAUCUAAAAAUUAUGUAACACAUUCCAUCAAAUGAUUUGUUGCGUUUCACUAUACUUAUAUACUCAAUAUUAUAGAAACUGUUUCGCUUUUCUCGAUGAUUAUUAUUAUUAUUACUAUUAUAGUUAUAAUUAUUAUUAUUAUACUUAUCUAUAAUUGUCAUUGCUUAUUUUUGUAAUUUAUUUUACUGAUCUGCACCUGAAUCAAGUUUGUACUUUCCGACUUUGACUAAUUGAAAAUUCAGAAAACAAAAGUUUUAUUGUAAUGAUAAUUUUUUAAAUCUUCAACUAAUGUACUUUCUUUACUGCCAUAGAUUGAAAAAAGCGAUUGUCAAAUUUUAUAAACAGCCAUAUCGAUUUGCGUUAUCAUGUCAUUUACUUUACUUACCUAUUACAGUGUAACUUAUCUGCCGAUAUUAUUUGGCACAUGUGAAAUUGUUUAUCUCUGUUCCAACGUGAAAUUACUUCCACUUGUACUAGAACUCAUAAACAGUAUUUACUUUAAUACCACAAUUAAUAAUUGCAUAAUAUACAGAUCUACAAUAGAUAUUGUAUUUUAAAUCCAGCAACAAUUCAGACCAGGUAUGAUUGGGUAAUCGCUCACGAUAUUAUAUGCAUUUUGAAUAUUCAUACGAAUGUUUGUUCAAAAAUUUUUGAUUGUUCAAUACACAAAAAUACUAACCACCGCUUGAACUAAACCGCAUUAUUAUUCAUGUGAAGUUCAACAAUUUGAAUUGGAAAAAUUUUCGAAAAUUUUUGUAUUUCUUCGACAAUAAAGUAAUUAUUUGUACUUUUGUACUACUGAUUUCUACUUGAUCAAUUAGCCUCUUCAACGUUGAAAUGCUAUUUUAACGAUGCGUUAGGCUUAUCCACGCAUUCAUAGGGGUCGUAACGACCUGUUGGUUUUCUCAAUGAAGAAAGUUUCUCCAAUUUUUCGCGAUAACACAAAUAUCCCAUUACACAUUUUCAAGAACAACUAAAAUAUAUAAAUUGCACAUUCAUACACAUUAAAUUCUAUCGUAACAUAAAACAUUUUCAAUAAUGGAGAGGGGCCAACGGGGUAACAAAUUUUCUAAACGCUUAGUAAAUGAACAAAAAAAAAAAAAGAAAAAAAAAUGAGUAAUUAAAUGAAUAAAAAAAUAGACAAUUAAAUAGAUAAAUACAAAAACAAAAAGUAUAAAUUUGUUGACUGCUUGGCCCGAAUCGCUGCGUGCUGUAUAUAUAAAUAUAUAUAUAAACAUAUAUAUUAUAUUAUAAAUAUUAUAACAUGAAACUAAUAGUAAUGAUAUAUUCUGAGCCAAAAGCGUUUGGUUUUCAUUCAGUAAACAUCACGGAUAUUUGCUGAAUCGUAUACCAAGUGCGAGGACUUGUCGUUAUUCGUAUUUGAAAUGAAAUAAUAAUGAAGAUUUAAAGAAAAAAAUUGAAUGGAAUAAUAAAAAAUUAAGGUUUACUCAAUGGUUAUCGUCUCAUGAACAUUAAAAUCAAAUAAAUGUGUGAGUGUAUGUUACCCGUAGAGAUACAAGUAUGGAACCGCCUCCCGAAUUGGUUCGUCAUUAUUAUUAUUAAAAGGAUUAUGAUGAGUAUUACUAUUAUUUUUUAUUACUUUUAUUUAUAUCAUUACUAUUAUUAUUUCUAUUGUAAUCAUUACUAAGAUUAUUGUUUUAUUCUUAUUCAAAUGUUGACAUGCAUUAUCACAAAUAUCAGUCAAAAAUAUCUGUUAUCAUAUUUGAACUAUGGUAUCAUAGAUAUUGAUCCAUGCAGAAAGUUGAAUUUGAAUAUUAUCUGACGCAUUAUUUUAUUUUUUUUUUCUAUUGGACCCUGAUCGUUGAAUAGUUGUUAGAUGUUGAAUCUCUUGAAAUACUGAAACAUUCGUUGUGCUACAUUUUGAAUCAUAGAUUCGAAAAUCUGCCAGUAACAAGACUAGAGUUGAACAACUUUUUCAUAGCGCUGGUCCAAAUACGUAGUAAUGAUAUGUAAUCGAUAAUCACUGCCACGAUAGUACAGAAUGGUUCAAACUAUAAUUUCCGGGUUUGAUUUUUGAACCCUUGGAUUUUAUUGAAGUUUAACUUUUCUCGAUUAAACCUCUACUCGCCAUUAUAUUUUGUGCUCUUACUGUUACAACACGUACAAUUUUAUCAAGAGCUGUUUUAAAAAAUGGGUGUGACAGUCAAUAUUGAAAAAAAAAAGAAACAAAUUGUCAACAGACAAUUGAACUAUUCAGCUUGAUGGACUAGAAUUUACUAAAUAUUAUACGAAUGACUAAAAUUAAACUAGAGAUAUUAUUAUAUAAGGAAAGGCGGGGCAAAACGGGGUAGCGCGGCAAAACGGGGUACCCCAAAAGUUUUGUAAUUUUUUUCUUCAAAAUGGUCGAAGAGGACUUCAAACAUCGUCCUUUAUUGAAAAUUUUUUUUUGUUUGUUUUUCAUGGUUUCUUCAAGCACCACAUUUUGCCCCGCCUUCCCCUUCCCCCAUAUAUAUAUAUAUAUAUAUACAUAUAUAUAUAUACGUUAAUGUACAAAGGUUUAUUGUGGUACAUUUAUGAUAAUACUAAACUUAUUUUAUAAUUGAUUCUAGUAUAAUUAAUUAACUGUAACGCUAAUUACUUAAACCUCGAUGAUCAUGUUAUGAUAUAAUCAGUUUUACUUGAGUGUCAUUCAAUUACUAGAGUGGUCUACAAAUCCAACCAUGAAUUAAUUUGAAUCAAAUGCAUUUAUCGUCGUGAUUAUUGAAGUUGAACAAUUUUUAAUACCGAUUAUCAUUGAAAGAUAGUAUACCAAGCAUGAUCGUUGGCCAUGCAAUGGAAUUCCAUGAACGGAAUAUAAGAAUAAUGUUAUAAUGUAAGUUUAGUUAAUCUGAUAAUUAUUGUUGAUCGAAAUCGGUGGGCUCUCAAAUACUUUCAAGAUUACAGUCAUUUUUACUAUCAUCAAAUUAUCACACCGUGGUUUAUCGGUUUUGAAUGAUGUUAUACAUGCUUCAAUAUCUUGAUCAUUAACCGUUUGAAACAUUUCUUGUCUAUUUUUCAUUUCUCUUGUUCAAUUGUCUUUUUUUAUUAUCUCUCAUCUUAUUUUCAUCCAUCUUCUCAUCAUGUAAAAUUUGUCCUUCCAACUGAGCAUCGUUUACUGAUGAUUAGAUCAGUACCCGAUGUACGUUAUCGUAAAAAGGGCUCAGGAAUGAUUCACUCCAUUCAGACUUUCGAGAAAUAUUUGUGAGCUACCGUUUUCGUGAUAAGAUAACUUUAAAAGUUACGGGGUCGGUAAAUUAUUUAAGAAACGCAUUGCGACUAUCGAUGUCGAACGGAAAAUAAGCGGAAUUUUGUAUCUGUACUUCUAGAUACAUUGCGAUAGACAAGAGUAAUUUCACUAAGAAUUUAAAUGAAAUUAAUAUAUAGAGAGCUGUAUGUAAUAACUAUAAGUUCAUUUAUCGCUAUGAUAUUAUACUAGGUACUAUAUGAUUUUUGAAAUAAAAUAUUUGUUUUAAAUAUAA